UUACGGAAAUAAAUGAUUCCUAUGCAUAGUCCUUUUUCUCUAAUAAAAAAAUAACCGACGCACUUGGUUUUACUCGCUGCUUCUUCUUUCCUUUCUUCGGUGCGACGGUGGUGGAAAUAAGCAAUGGAUGUUGAAGAAGCAGAGAGUGCAGUUUUAGCUUCUUCUGUCACUCUCAAUUCCACAGUUUCCCGGCAGAAUGAAUUUUUUUCUCCUGAAGAUCUUGCAUGGGUUGAUUCUUGCCUAAAUCAGGAUUCUGAUAUUUCAGGAAGUGAUUGGAUCCCUCUGAGGGAUGCCUUGUUAGAAAUUAUCACUUCCCAGUCACAAUCUUUCAGCACUGAUGGUCAAGAAAACAAUGAAAGUCUCCCCUAUAGUGAGGAGAAAAAGAUAACUUUAGAACUUAAUCAAGAAUCUUCAAAUUCUGAUGCAGAGCACUUACCAAAUCAUUCUUCGGCCUAUAAUAUUAACCAUAUAAGUAUGGCUGUUGAAACAAGCACUGAUGAAAUUCAAGACAACGAAUUGACUGCAACUUUACCCUCUUCAAGUUUUCAGGGAAAUCCUUUUCUGCCAACUUAUAAUGAAGAAGACCUUGAGAAGAAUGAAAUAUUUGAUUUAGGACUGAACCUGAAUGCUGCAACUUAUGAGAUUGAUGAUGCAGCUGAGAAUAUCUUCAAAAUCUGGGAUUUGGACAUUCCAUCUGAGGAGGGUGAAUUAGUUAAACAGUUGGAAAAAGCCCUAUCUGAGAAGUCUUUGCCUCCGGCGCCAUCAGCUUUUGAUUAUUCAGUGAAUGGGAAGGAUCCGAAGGAAGAGUCAGUUGAUGAUCUCAUUGCUGGCAUUGCUGAUUUGUCUUUAAAUAAGUUAGUUUAGUGUUCAUUGACUUAUUUUUGUUUAGACUAUUCUGAGUAACUAUAUUAGCAUUAUAAGUUCAAAGUUUCUCUUGUCCCUCAGGUUGAAUUUUUUUAUCUAGAACAAUGAUGGUGAGGUAUCCAUCAGAUCAUUGUGUUUGUUUUUAUUUGUUAUCGAUGUACAAAGAUUUAGACUUUUUGUGGUUUAAAGUUAAGAUGAAUAUGUUACAAAGAAUCAAACAUCAAUCUUUUAUACUAA